AUGGCAGAAUCGGGGUCCCUGCCCACCGGCUUCAGCGAGCUGGAAGUGUUGGCUGUGGGGACGGUGCUGCUGGUAGAAGCUCUCACUGGCCUCUGCCUCAAUAGUCUCACCAUCCUCUCUUUCUGCAAGACCCCGGAGCUGCGGACCCCCACCCACCUGCUGGUGCUGAACCUGGCUCUGGCGGACACUGGGAUCAGCCUGAAUGCCCUCAUGGCAGCCACAUCCAGCCUCCUCCGUGUCUCCCACAGGCGCUGGCCCUAUGGCUCGGAAGGCUGCCAGGCUCUCGGUUUCCAAGGCUUUCUGACAGCACUGGGCAGCAUCUGCAGCAGCGCGGCCAUCGCCUGGGGGCGCUAUCACCACUACUGCACCCGCAGCCAGUUGGCAUGGAACACGGCCGUCUCCUUGGUGAUCUGUGUGUGGCUGUCUUCUGCCUUCUGGGCAGCACUGCCCCUCCUGGGCUGGGGCCACUAUGACUAUGAGCCUCUCGGAACAUGCUGCACCCUGGACUACUCCAGGGGGGACAGAAACUUCACCAGCUUCCUCCUCACCAUGGCCUUUUUCAACUUCUUCCUGCCUCUCUUCAUCACGCUCACAUCCUACCGGUUCAUGGAGCAGAAACUCAGGAAGACGGGCCACCUCCAGGUGAACACCACUGUGCCGGCCAGGACGCUGCUGUUCGGCUGGGGCCCCUAUGCCGUCCUGUACCUCUCUGCCACCGUCACGGAUGUGAGCGCCAUCUCCCCCAAGCUGCAGAUGGUGCCUGCCCUCAUUGCCAAAACAGUGCCCACGAUCAAUGCCAUCAACUAUGCCCUGGGCAGGGAGAUGGCCCACAGGGGAAUUUGGCAGUGCCUCUCACCACAGAGAAGCGAGCUGGACCGAGCCCGGUGAGGUUCUCCGGGGGGCUGCUCAGACCCAGGCCCACCUCUGACACCCUGGACUGAGCCCCGUGCUAGGAGGCUGCCCCGGAGUCCUGCCCAGCAGCCUCAGAAGCCAAGCUCCAGACCUCGCUCCCUGCCUGCCUCGGGAUGGCCCUGUUGGGCCUGGGCCUCGGUCAGACACGGGGGAUUCAGAAAGCACCCAGGCUGCGUGGGAGGACCUGGGACUUUGGCGCCAGACAGAUACGAAUUUCCAUCACAGCCCUCCAAACAGAGGCUGAGAGACCUUGGCAAAGUCAAGGUCUCUUGGCAAAAAAAAACUGAGCUUCCUGACCCAUAACGUAAGGUCUCCACGGGGCCGCUGUGAGGUUUAAGCAAGGUAAUGUGUACCCACCACACACACGGAACCUCAUUAAGACAGCUGUCAGGGCUCUGAGUCUUACACAGAAAGGCGUGAAAGCCCCCGGUUUCUUGUGGGAGGGCCAUCCAGGCUGUCAGCGUUCCAAUGCCACUUAUUAAACUGAGAUCUGGUGCAAGCGACUGAGUCUGUGUGUGCCUCUGGUUCCCAGCUUGUGAGAUGUGGUGACGGGCAUGGUGACUUCACCGUGCAGAAG